CGCUCACCGUCUACCCACAUUGAGGAAAUCUUUGAGAAAUGGUCAAAAUGGGCCAUGGAGGAACAUGGCAAACAUCAUAUGUGGGUCUUCAGGGAGGCAAUGCCAUGUGAGAGGAGACCAGAUUAGCUGUAGCUAGCCUGAUAGAUAUAGUCCAAAAGGCAGACAACUGGGAGGAGUAGCCAGGAUCAUGGCAGGAAUGGUGUUAGUCAGAAACUGGAAACAAGAGAACUAGAAACUGAGCUCUUAUGUCAUAACACCGGAACAUCCAGGAAAUGCCAUUAACAUUGGGAUAGUCUACCCUUCCUUCCUAACCGUGACUUCUUCAGCUGAAGCGGUGAACAGAUCAUGGAGCCACAACAUGUUAUUUCAUCAUCAUCAUCACCAAAAUCAUCAUCUUCAGCACCGUGCUGCAUAGCCUGCAUUAUGACAGACGUGGAGCUGAUGAAGAGGAUGUUACGGGCGGUGCUGGCGGCCAAUAAGAGCGGGCCCGGGGUGUCUUUGUCUCGCCUCCAGUCUGAAUACAAGGCUCUGACUGGUGAACAGAUCCCUCAUAAACAGAUGGGUCAUGCCAGUCUGGACACCCUGCUGCACAGCAUUCCCAGCGUGGUUCACAUGGAGCGCAACCGUACUGGGGAGAUGGUGUGUUUCGCCUCAGUCUCCAGCGAGACGGCCCACGUUGCCAAACUGGUGGCUCGACAGCGUACCUCCAAGAAGACUGGACGACCCCAAAUGGUCAACUGUCAGAUGAGGGUCAAACCGGCCGCCCCUCUCAUCCUCAAUGCCAAGCCCAGAACCUCCCUGAGACAGCCUGACCACAGGGGUGUGGUGCGAGGAGGAGGUGGGGGCGGCCGGGGAUUGGGAGGCCAGCAUGGAGACUUCAGACAGGGGAGGGACAUGAGGAACACCCAAUCAGAGGGAAAGAGCAAUCAGAGCUCCAACCAGAACAAACCAAUCAAUCAGAACACCCCUGCUACCAGGAAGUCCUAUGUGCCCUUUGAGAGGUCAGACAAAAGGAUGACCCUGCCGUCACUGUUCCAGAAGGAAGUGUACACUCAUUUCUCCAGGAACACCCAGAGCAACCCUUCUACAAACUUCAAAGAAAAUGCUGUCUCUGGGAAGCCCAAGCCACAUCACUACCCCAAGGACUACAACCCCUCACCCGGGGGGAACUACAACCCCCAGAAGGUGCAAGGGCGUAUCAGAGAGGUGCUGAACAAGUACAGUAAUGGUUUCUGGGUGUCCAAGCUGCCUCAGCUCUACAGAGAACUGUACAAACAGGACCUGCCUAGUGAAGCAAUCAAAGACUUGGAGCACUGGACACACAUCUGCACCGUACAUACCAUACUUGUAUUGUAUUUAUACUGCUGUACAGUAUUAAAUAACACUCUGCGGCUUGCGCCGGCUUCCGAUGGCUGCGGCCUCUCCCUACGGGGUCGGCUGACUGACGUGGCUGGCUCCGCGCGGCUACUGGCUGGCGGGGUCCGCGCUCUGACCGCUCGGCGUUGUGGCGGGCCUCUGCUGGAGCUGGGCUCUGCGCUUGAACUGGCUGGCCGGCUCCUGUCCUCAGCUCCUCCAGCCUCCCCCUCCACCCUCUCUCCCGACCUCAGACAAAAACUGGGAGAGCUUCUAGUCAAAUACAGCAAUGGUCUAUGGGCCCACGCCUUACCCAAACUCUACUUGGACACGUACAAGACAAAACUCCCCGAACACGUCCUGGAGAAUCUCUCGCUGCUCUCCGACUUCUGCACCAUCGAAUACCCCAUGCCGGACAACCCCAAACGGGCCAUUCUGUACAAGAGGACCAGGGAGGAGGAGAACCGCAACAGGAGGGAGUCAGUGGAGGAGUGCAGGGCCAGAGAGGAGGUGGGGAGGAGGCUCAGUACCCAGACUGUACCUCCUCUUCUCAUCCCCCGAGAGGAGUACCCCUCUGUGUUGGUGGGGGAGGCUGCUAAUACCAACGGAGUCAUACUCCGGUACAUAGGAGAGGGUUACUCCCAAGCCCAGGAGGCUCUGGAGGACAAGAUGAGAGAAUUCUACUGUUGCCAGGACAACAACACCCGUACUGGUGACAAGAAAAGUGGUACACCCCUGGCCUCCCUAACCUCAGGUCAGCUGGCUGCCGUCAGGACGGAGGAGGAUGAGGAGGUACUACGAGCACAAGUCACAGAGGUCAUGGCUGACAAGGUCAAGGUUUACUAUGUGGAUCACGGGUUUUCAGAAGUCAUCAGCAAGGCCAAAGUGUUUGAGCUGCAUGAGAAGUUUUUCAACCUGCCUUUCCAGGCCACCAAGUGUCAAUUGGCUGGUCUGGAGCCUUUCUACCAGGAGCCUGCUGUCCUGAAGAAGUUUGAGUCCAUGGCCAGCGGCAAGAUCCUGUUGGCUGAGAUCCUAGAGAGAGGGCAGACCCCAUUGGUGGUCCUGUACGACACGUCGCAGGAUGAUGAUGUCAACAUCAACGCUGCAUGUAUCAAAGCGCUGCAGGACAAGACUCUGGCCAGCCCCCUACAGGUGAACAGUAACUAUAUGAACGUGACUGUGAGAAGUGUGUGUUCAGACGGGACCAUCUACUGCCAGCUCCCGUCUCGAGGUCUGGCCAAACUCACUGAGAUACUGGAGAAGGCUGAGGCAUACUUCCACUCACAGGUGACGUCAGAGUUCCUGGUAUCCAGACCGUUCUGUGGGAAAGGCUGUCUGGCGCGCUACAAAGGCAAAUGGUCUCGCGUGGAGAUCACUAACCUACAUGGUAGUCAUGUGUUGGACAUCCUCUUCACAGACCUGGGGGUGCAGGCCGCAGUGGAGGUGAUUGAGCUGAGGGAAGUCCCACCUCCUUUCCUACGGGACCUGAUUUCCAUCCCACCACAGGUGGUGAAGUGUUGUCUGGCUGACCUGACUGUGAGUGGUGUGGGCUCCUGGACUCCAGACGCUGUUCAGUGGUUCCGAGACGCCGUGCUCAACUCCACAGACUGCAGCGUGAAGAUCGCCAAGCUGGAUGAGACCAAGCGCAGUGUAGCCCAUGUCUACCUGUUCCCCGACAAGAACUUCCAGGACCCCGCUAGGAGUCUCAACCGCCAGAUGGCUGCCUCGGAUCUCUUCAAACACAGAGGGGACCACUGCCCUUCCAAGACCUCCACCUGUACCUCCACUGCCACCCUUACCUCUACCCCCAAGACCUCCACAACCACCACCACACCCAGCUCCAACGGGACCAAGCCCCAGCUGAGAUGUGCCCGCUCGGAACCAAGGCCGACGGGGGGUACAAGCACCCCUCCGGGGACUCCCCCACCUCCCUCAUCCACCACACCUAUCAAGCUACCCUUGCUGCUGGAACUACCACCUGCAGGUCAUAACAUGGAUAUCUAUGUGUCGGUGGCGUGUCAUCCGGGCCACUUCGUAGUGCAACCUUGGAGAGAUAUGUACAAGCUGGUGGUUCUGAUGGAAGAGAUGAUCCUGUACUAUAAUAAAACAGAGGAGAAGCCUCUCAAAGGGGAGAAGAACCAGAUAUAUGCUGCCAAAGUAGAGAACAAUUGGCACCGUGUGCUGGUGAAGGGGGUGUUGACCAACGGUCUGAUGUCGGUCUAUGAACUGGACUAUGGUAAACAUGAGCUGGUCAGCGGCACACAGCUCCGCCCCCUCAUACAGGAGUUCCGACAGCUACCUUUCCAGGGCAUCACCGCACAACUCGCAGGAGUGAAACCGAGGCAGUGGUCGGAGGAGGCUUCCAUCUUGUUCCGGAACCAUGUGGAGAAGAAGCCGCUGGUGGCUCAGCUGGAGGCCGUACAGGAAGCGCAUCACCCCUGGGACAGGAAGUUGACCGUCUUCCUGGUUGACACCUCGCAGGAGGAGAAGGACAUCUGGGUUCACGACAUCAUGGUCGAGUUCGAUGACGAACUCACCAAAGAAGUGUAGUUAGAUCAACCCUGUGCACAACAGUGCAUCUAGAGUGCUGGUUAUGGCAGGAACAACUAGGUAGGUCUAUUCAAAACAAAUGUUUAAAAAUAUAUAUAUAUAUAAUAAAGUAUAAACAUUUGUUUUGGAUACCUAAGUGUAGUUGGAUGCUGGACAUUUCUACGGAUGUUGCUAUGAGAAACCAGAACGCCUGUUGCCGUUACAACGGGAGACAGUUGGAAUGAGAGGAGACUUGUGACUUGGACUUGUUGUGCUUGAGAGUGGGGGGACACAGUGAAACACACUCUCGCUCACAGUAUGGGAUGGCAUUCUGAUCAAAAGCUCAAUAAUAUCACCAUCGUGCCGACUUCCCUAAAAGCUUUUUGCCCCACAGAGGAGUUGUCAUAAUCUGUUGAAUGUCUAGCCGUGAUAUGGGAUGGGUUUCCUGACGCCUUCGCUCAUAUGGUACUUUUGUUUUCUUGACUCAAG